AUGUUGCGGGUUUUCAUUCUCCAUGCACAGAACGUCCAGACUCCGGACAGUGAUAUCAGCGAUGCUUAUUGCUCUGUGGUCUUUGAAGGAGUGAAAAAGAGAACCAAGGUGAUCAAGAACAACAUCAACCCUGUAUGGAACGAGGGCUUUGAGUGGGAUCUCAAAGGGGUUCCAUUGGACCAGAAUGCUGAACUCCACGUCGUGGUCAAAGACCAUGAAACCAUGGGCAGAAACAGGUUUCUGGGUGAAGCCCACGUGCCCUUGCGAGAUGUCCUGGCGUCUCCCAACCUCGCCGCCAGCUUCAACGCUCCUUUGCUGGACGCUAAGAGGCAGAGCACAGGGGCUUGUCUCAUCCUGCAAGUCUCCUACAUUCCGCCUCCCGGGGCAGCUCCUGUGUUCCCCCCUCCGGCUCCCCCGGAACCCAACCCGGCGCCGGCUGAGCUAGACACGGUGACAGAUACAGGUGGAGAGGACGAGAGUGAGGAUCUUCUUGGGCCCGAAGAGGAAGAGGAACCUUCAUCGGGGCUGCCAGCUCCCGAGCAGCCUUCGCUUCCCAAGAAACCCCCGUUGCAUGUCAUUCAGGGGACCAAGAAGAGGAAAAGCACUUCCAGAAAACUGCUCUCCAACAAACCCCAGGACUUUCAGAUCCGGGUGCGAGUCAUUCAAGGAAGGCAGCUGCCUGGAGUCAACAUCCGGCCAGUGGUGAAGGUCACGGCUGUAGGACAGACCAAGCGAACCAGGAUCCGGAAAGGAAAUGGGCCCUUUUUUGACGAGACCUUUUUCUUCAAUGUUUAUGAAUCCCCCAUGGAACUCUUCGAUCAACCACUGUUCAUCACGGUUGUUGAUUCCCGCUCCCUCCGGACGGACUCAGUCAUUGGAGAAUUCCGGGUGGAUAUCGGAGCAAUUUAUUCUGAGUCAAAGCACUGCUUCCUCCGAAAGUGGCUGCUACUUUCUGAUCCGGAGGAUUUUUCCGCUGGGGCAAGGGGCUACCUGAAGGUCAGCUUGCAUGUCCUUGGUCCAGGCGAUGAAGUGCCCAUGGAGAGGAAGGAGGGGGCGGAAGAGAAGGAGGACAUCGAAGGCAACCUUCUCAGGCCAACGGGGGUGGCUUUGAGGGGGGCCCACUUCUCCCUCAAGGUGUACCGAGCAGAAGACCUUCCUCAGAUGGACGAUGCCAUCAUGGACAGCGUCAAGCAGAUCUUUGGGUUUGAGAGCAGCAAGAAGAACCUGGUGGAUCCAUUUGUGGAAGUUACCUUUGCUGGGAAGACGCUUUGCAGCAAAAUUGUGGAAAAAAAUGCCAACCCUCAGUGGAACCAGAGCAUCACCUUGCCGGCCAUGUUCCCCUCUAUGUGUGAGAAGAUGAGGAUCCGGGUCAUUGACUGGGACCGUCUCACUCACAACGACAUUGUCGGGACCAGCUUUCUCUGCAUGUCCAAAAUCUCAGCUCCUGGAGGAGAACUGGAAGAGGAGUCGGCUGCCUUGGCGAAGCCCUUCAGAGCCACAGAGCUGGAUGAUGGGCUGGGUUUCCUGCCCACCUUCGGUCCCUGCUACAUCAACCUCUAUGGCAGCCUCAGGGAGUUCACGGGAUUUCCAGACCCCUACGAGGAGCUGAACAUGGGCAAGGGAGAAGGGGUGGCUUAUCGUGGCCGGCUGCUGGUUGAGCUGGAGACCCAGCUGGUGGACCACGUGGAGCAGAAGUUGGGGGACAUCCCCGCCGAUGACAUCCUGCGGGUGGAGAAAUACCUGCGCAGGCGGAAAUUCUACCUCUGUGCCACCUUCUAUUCGGCCACCAUGCUGCAAGAUGUGGACGAUGCCAUCCAGUUUGAAGUCAGCAUUGGGAACUACGGCAAUAAGUUUGACACCACCUGCCUGCCCCUGGCCUCGACCACCCAGUACAGCCGGGCCGUCUUUGAUGGCUGCCAGUAUUACUACCUGCCGUGGGGCAACGUGAAGCCAGUGGUGGUCCUCUCCUCCUACUGGGAGGACAUCAGCCACAGAACCGAUGUGCAGAAUCUUCUCUCGGGGGCUGCGGACCGGCUGGAAGCCAACCUGGAGCAGGUUCACCUGGCGCUGAAGGCCAAGUGCUCCCCCGGCGACCUGGACACCCUGGUGGCUCAGUUGAUUGAUGAGCUCAUCGCCGACUGCAGCCAGCCCCUCGUCGAUGUCACCCAGAAGCCCACAGGCACCCACCUGGACCACUACCUGUACCGCUUCCGGACCACCAACCUCCACCAGAUCAUCCAGGCGGCGCUGAGGGUGAAGCACGAGGACUCGGACCUGAUGGUGGUGCUGGACCAGGCAGAGGACUGGCUCGCUCGGCUAAGAGCCAUGGCGGAGGAGCCACAGAACAGCCUGCCUGACAUCGUGAUCUGGAUGCUGCAGGGAGACCGGAGGGUGGCUUACAGCCGGAUCCCCGCGCGGGAGGUCCUUUUCUCCCGGAAUGGAGCCGAAAGCUGUGGCAAGAACUGUGGGAAACUCCAGACGAUUUUCCUGAAACAUCCUCAGGAAGAUGUCCCGGGGCCGAAGAUCCGAGCCCAGAUCCGGGUCCAGCUGUGGCUUGGGCUAGCUGUGGAUGAGAAGGAGUUCAACAAGUCUGUAGAGGGGAGACUCUCCGUGUUUGCUGAAACGUAUGAAAACCAGACCAAGUUGGCCUUGGUUGGGAACUGGGGCACCACCGGCUUAACCUACCCGAAGUACUCGGAUGUCACCGGCAAGAUUAAGCUGCCCAAGGACAGUUUCAGGCCCUCGUCUGGCUGGGCUUGGGCUGGCGACUGGUUUGUCAGCCCGGAGAAGACAUUGUUGUACGAUGUCGAUGCGGGCCACAUGAGCUUCGUGGAGGAAGUCUUUGAGAAUCAAGUACGCCUCCCGGGAGGGCAGUGGAUUCACAUGGCCGAGGCCUACACCGACGUGAACGGGGAGAAGGUCCUGCCCAAAGACGAGAUCGAGUGCCCCCUCGGAUGGAAGUGGGAAGAUGUGGAGUGGGACGUGGACCUCAACAGAGCAGUGGACGAGAGAGGCUGGGAAUACGGCAUCACCAUCCCCCCAGACCACAAGCCCAAGGGCUGGGUGCCCACGGAGAAGAUGUACCACACCAACCGACGCAGGCGCUGGGUGAGGCUGCGGCGGAGGGACCUGGCUCAAAUGGAAGCCCUCAAGAAGUACAAGCAGGAGGAGCUGGAAGGAGAAGGCUGGGAGUACGCCUCCCUCUUUGGCUGGAAGUUCCACCUGAAAUACCGCAAGACGGAUUCCUUCCGCCGGAGGCGCUGGAGACGCCGGAUGGAGCCCCUGGAGCAGAUGGGACCAGCGGCCGUCUUUGCCUUAGAAGGUGCUCUGGGCGGCAUGACAGACGACAAGAGCGAUGAUGGGAAGUCGGUGUCCACGCUCAACUUUGGGGUGAAUCGACCCACCAUUUCCUGCAUCUUUGACUAUGGAAACCGGUACCACCUGCGUUGCUACAUCUAUCAAGCGAGGGACCUGAUGGCCAUGGAUAAAGACAGCUUUUCAGAUCCCUACGCCAUCGUCUCCUUCCUGCACCAGAGCCAGAAGACCGUGGUCGCCAAGAACACGCUGAACCCCACCUGGGACCAGACCUUGAUCUUCUAUGAGAUUGAGAUCUUUGGGGCUCCCCAAAACACGGCCGCCUCCCCACCGAACAUCACGGUUGAGAUUUAUGACCACGACACCUACGGUGCUGAUGAGUUCAUGGGCCGUUGCAUCUGCCGGCCGAGCAUGGAGCGCACGCCAAGACUGUCGUGGCAUCCCAUCGUGAAGGGCAGCCGGAGUGCUGGGGAGCUUCUGGCUGCCUUUGAACUGAUUCAGCGAGAGAAGCCGGCCAUCCACCACAUCCCUGGCUUUGAGACAGAGUUAUCCGUCUUGGAUGAGCUGUGCACGCCUGCCUUCUAUUACGAAGGGCUUCUCCAAUGGUCUGCCGAUUCAGACCUCCCGUACCCUCCGCCGCAGAGAGAACCGAACAUCUACAUGGUGCCUCAAGGAAUCAAACCCGUCCUUCAGCGUACAGCCAUAGAGAUCUUGGCCUGGGGGCUCCGCAAUAUGAAAAGCUACCAGCUGGCCAGUGUGACCUCCCCAAGUCUCCUGGUGGAGUGCGGCGGGCAGAUGGUUCAAUCAUGUGUGAUCAAGAACCUCAAGAAGAAUUCCAACUUUGACGUCUCUGUUCUCUUCAUGGAAGUGCGCCUGCCCAAGGAAGACCUCUACAGCCCCCCCAUCAUCAUCAAAGUCAUUGACAACAGGCCUUUUGGGCGCAAGCCUGUGGUGGGCCAGUGCACCAUCCGCUCCCUGGAAGGAUUCUUCUGUGAUCCCUACAAGGAGGAGACAGUGUUUCCGGAAACACAAGCAGCUCGGGAUGAUGUUCUUAUUGACAUUGAUGACAAAGAACCUCUCAUUCCAGUCCAGCCUGCAGACGGCAUGACCAGCUCAGCUUUAAUUAACAUGCAAACGUCUCGGGUCGAUCUCCAUGAGGAAGAGUUCAUUGACUGGUGGAGCAAGUUUUAUGCUUCCACAGGAGAGCGAGAGAAAUGUGGCCCCUACCUGGAGAAGGGCUACGACACGCUGAAGGUCUACGAAACGGAGCUGGAGAAUGUCGAAGACUUUGGCGGUCUCUCCGAUUUCUGCCACACCUUCAAGCUUUACCGGGGCAAGACUCAAGACGACAACGAAGACCCGACAGUCGUGGGGGAAUUCAAGGGGUCCUUCAAGAUUUACGCCCUGCCGGAUGACCCCCUCCUGCCGCCCCCCCCUCGCCAGUUCCACCUGCUUCCAGUCAGGGGCCCCCAAGAAUGCCUGGUCCGCAUCUACAUCAUCCGAGCCUUUGACCUGCAGCCCAAAGAUGCCAACGGAAAGUGUGACCCUUAUGUGAAGAUUUCUGUGGGGAAGAAAUCCAUCAAUGACCAGGAUCAUUAUAUCCCGUGUACGCUGGAGCCAGUCUUUGGAAAGAUGUUUGAGCUGACCUGCACGCUGCCGAUGGAGAAAGACCUGAAGAUCACACUCUAUGAUUAUGACCUCUUGUCUAAGGAUGAGAAGAUUGGGGAGACCACCAUCGACCUGGAGAACCGUUUCCUCUCCAGAUUCGGGGCCCGCUGCGGCCUGCCCCAGACAUACUGCAUUUCGGGCCCGAACCAGUGGAGAGACCAGCUGCGACCUUCUCAGCUACUUCACUACCUCUCUUUGCAACGCCAUGGCAAGACCCCGAUUUACAAGCCCGACCGGAUCAUCUUCGAAGAUCAAACCUACACUCUCUCCAACCUUGAAGAGGAUGGCAAACCCUCCAACCCACACCUGGGGCCCGUGGAGGAGAGGCUCGCUUUGCACGUCCUGCAGAAGCAAGGCCUGGUGCCGGAGCACGUGGAGACCCGCCGCCUGUACAGCCCCUUGCAGCCGGAUAUCGAGCAGGGGAAGCUUCAGAUGUGGGUGGACCUCUUCCCGAAAUCGCUCGGGCAUCCCGGGCCCCCGUUCAAUGUGACGCCGCGAAAAGCGAAGAGGUUCUACCUGCGCUGCAUUAUAUGGAAUGCCAAGGACGUCAUCCUGGAUGACCUCAGCAUCACGGGGGAGAAGAUGAGCGACAUCUACGUGAAAGGGUGGCUGGUCGGCUACGAGGAGAACAAGCAGAAGACGGACGUGCAUUACAGGUCCAUGGGAGGCGAAGGGAACUUCAACUGGAGAUUCAUCUUCCCCUUGGACUACCUUCCUGCUGAGCAGGUCUGCUACGUGGCCAAGAAGGAGCAUUUCUGGAGCCUUGACAAGACAGAGAACAAAGUUCCACCCCAACUGGUCCUCCAGAUCUGGGACAACGACAAGUUCUCCUUUGACGACUACCUUGGCUCCCUGCGCCUGGAUCUCAACUGCAUGCCGAAGCCGGCCAAGACCGCUGAGAAAUGCCAUCUGGACCUGCUCGAUUCCACGGAGAGGAUGGUCUCGCUCUUUGAGCAGAAGACAGUGAAGGGAUGGUGGCCGUGUGUGGGCGAGGAGGGCGAGAUGAAGAUCAUUGCGGGGAAGGUGGAAAUGACCCUGGAGAUUGUCAAUGAACAGGAGCAGGACGAAAGGCCUGCCGGGAUGGGCCGGGAUGAACCCAACAUGAACCCCAAGCUGGAAGACCCAAAGCGCCCGGAGACCUCCUUCCUGUGGUUCACCUCUCCUUACAAGACGCUGAAGUAUAUCCUCUGGAGGAGGUUCAAGUGGGCCUUCCUCCUCAUCCUCCUCAUCUUCAUCAUGCUGCUGUUCCUGGGAAUCUUCAUCUAUGCCUUCCCGAAUUAUGCUGCUAUGAAGCUGGUGAAGCCGUUCAGCUGAAUCCGUGCCGGAGGAGAGGGAGAGCUGCCUGGGAAGAGAGGCUGGAGUGCUCAGUGUGUGAUCUGUCUCCCUCUCUCGCACGCUCUCUCGGGCAGAAGGGAAGGGGCAGCCGUGCCUCCUGGCACACGGGCGCCACCCUUCCCCCACAAGCCGUGACAUUCAUGCUAUUCCCCUAUCCAGCCAGCCCUGCAAACGAUGCGCAGGUGACCGUGCUGAACAGACCUUUUCUCCCUGGGGGCCUUUCUUUUCGGGGUAGACUUGAGAGAAGAUGGAGGCUUUCCUUUGGCACACAGGAGAUGCGUCCCUGUGUGAAGCAGAGCCAUUGAGGAGGAUCCCGGCAUGCUUUCUAUGCAACCGCACAAGGCCUUAAUGACAUCUUCUUGAAAAAUGGGCAGCACUAAAUGGUCUGGAAGGGGAGAGAUUUGGAAGGCCACAAGGAAUUUAGCCUUCAGGAUCUUUCCCCUCCCCUCCCGCCUAUGCGCCAAGUGCUCCUGUUGGCCAGCCAUAGACACCACGCUCUGCUUUCCGGGCGUCUCUCUCUCUCUCUCUCUCUCGAGUUCUCUGCCUGGUUUUGCCUCCUCGAAAUGCUGUGCAUGUUCCCGAGGUCUCCUCCUUGCUCCCCUCCUGCCAGCAGGACCCCAAGAAAGCUCAUCUGCACGGGGGAGAGCCGUGGGGUUACCCUCUGGAACGCGUGCCUCUUGAGCCUGUGCCCUUGAGCCCUGUGGGGCAUCCUCUUGCCAGGGGAGGGCAUCGUGGCAUCCUCGACGGCGACUCAGGGGUCUUUUGAGCUCCCAGCCAAAGACGGGGGUUCUUUCUUUUUUCACUUUUCUUUCUUUCCCUUAAAGAACAAACCCUCCCCUUAGUGCUCAAGAGCGUGCUGCUUAUAUACGGUCCCACAAGUGCUUAAACUCUGGGCGGUUUACAAUUUAAUGAUGCAGGCGACA